AUGCAACCUUUUGAUCUACCCCAGCAGCUGGCUCGAUUCCAAACUACUGAGAAAAGUUUGUUUCCCGCUGUUGAAGAUCCCGUUCAGGAAUUGUACACUUUUAUAGAUUGGUUAGCAACAAAUCCUGAAGAGAUUGAUGCCGAUGAAGAAACUUUAGAAGGACUGAUUGAUCUGGUACACACUUUCCCACAACUCCCCGCUAACGUUCAAACGCAGUUGAGUUACCUGGUAGGAACAUCUGCGGGUAAUAUAGCACAAGACAUCAAUACGAAUUUGUCCGGCAGCGCGGCAAACGAUGAGAUUUUGACGCUGCAGUCCCACUGGAAACAAGUCCUCGAGAUAUAUGGCUACUUGAUCCACGUUCUUUUGUAUUAUCUGCAGCAAGAUGUUGCCAGAGCUGCCAAUCAAUCUUCAACUUCCUCUGGUAGCGCUUUGUCCGGUGGUCGGCGCCAGGUUUCGGAAGCGACCCUUGAGCUCUUCAAGCGCAGCUGUAAUCAAAUUGAAACUCUGUUAGACAACAUUGUUAAGAUCGUCGAUAUCAACCUUUCGCGGCUUUUUUUAACUACUCCGGAAAAGACGUCGUUUAUUAAUCUUUUCACGAGGCCACUUUACAUUCUUAUCGAGACAGAACAAGUCUUGAAAGUUCAGUCUAUCAAGUUUUUCAUUAUAAGAAUCAUUGGGACCGUUGUUAAGCGACAUGGCCAAAUCUCUAGUACUCAAAAUGCGAUAAUGUCUUCGUUGACGUAUUACAUGCAUCUCACCAAUUUCAUCGCAGAGUUGUUGAAAGUGGUUAACGACGAUCUGGAUUUCCCACAACUUACAGAAGAAGUCUUGCGAGAUUUAUCCAACAAGGAAUUUAAUUCUAAGGAUUCUACGGGUCCAAAAGUGGUUUCAAACUUUUUGAUCAAGUUGUCGGAAGUCAUUCCUCGUACUGUAUUGCGACAGAUGACUUUAAUUGUUAGACUUCUUAACAAUAGCUCUUUCACAUUACGAUGUGCGGUGGUUGAGGUUUGUGGGAACAUUGUUAUUGGCAUAUCUUCCAAGACAGAAGACUUGGACCAUCACCGGCAGCAGAUCGAGGUAUUGUUAGAACUCUUGGAGGAGCGUUUCGCUGACUCAAAUCCUUACGUUAGAACCAAAGCUAUCCAAAGUUGCGUUAAAAUUUGUGACCUCAAAGCUGGGUUCAAUAGGCACAGAAUUAUACUGGUAAAGUUAGCCACAAGAUCUUUGCAAGAUCGAUCCUCUUUAGUGCGAAAAAAUGCCGUCAAACUUUUAUCAAAGCUGUUAUUGACCCAUCGAUUCACUGCUUUACAUGGAAGCCAGCUGACUUUAUCACAAUGGAAAGAACGGCUAGCAGAGGCCUCCCAACUUCUGUCAAACCUGACCAACACCAUGACGGAAAACUCUGAAACAUCAUCACCAAACGAGAAGCAGACAGAUGAAGUUUUGCAUAAAAAUGUGGACAAUCAAGAUGAAUAUGCCAACUUGGAAGAUUCCAGUGCUAUGAACAGAGCCAAAUUAACCGUGAAGUACUACGAGGAUGCCAUUGAAUUCAUUAAAAUAGUAUAUCAAGCAACAGAUCAGUGCGCUCAGCUGCUUCUUUCGAGAAAUAAAACUGAAGUGAUGGAAGUAAUGGAUUUUCUUGUGCUGACCGAUGCUUAUGGAAUCGAGUCGAGUUUUAGUGGUAUCAGGAAAAUGCUCCAUUUAGUAUGGAUGAAAGGAUCGAACGAGGAAGGAACAAGCAUUGCAACGCACUUAGUUUCCUGCUAUUAUGAAUUGUUUUUGAAACCUGCUCAGGAGAUGAAUUCUGCUCAACAUGCUGCAUACGUGGCGAAGAACUUGCUUCAAUUAACUCAGGGCGCUUCAAUAGCGGAUCUGGCGUCUUUAGAAAAACUUUUGGGACUAAUUUAUGCGGCAGGUCACAUAAAAAAUGAUUCCAUAACUUUUCUGUGGAGCAUUUAUAAUAGCGCAGCUGAAGAAUCUCCAUCGUUUACAACAGACCAAAUUCAUGGAUCCAUUAUCAUCCUGGGUAUGUUGUCUAUGGCUAACAGUGAAAUUGCCAUCAGGGGCCUUGACUCGCUUUUAAAAAUUGGACUUGGGGUGCCCGGCAAGCAAGAUCUCGUCUUGUCCAAGUACACUUGCGUUGCGUUGCAGCGUAUAAAAUCCGGCGGCCGUCAAGUGAUGACAUCUGAGAAACUUAACAAAACAAUCGAGCAGCUUUUUGCCAAAAUUGUUGAUUACACCAAAGAUCCUUAUUAUUAUCCUACUUGCGAAGAGGCCAUCAAUGCUAUAUUUGAGCUCUCAGCCGAGGCAGAUAUUGUGGCCACUGAACUUAUUCGUGAAAAGACCAUGAUGACAUUCGGCCGCAAAGAAGAAGAUCAAGAGUCAUCUGUAGUUCAUUCACGAGUGGUAUCAUUGGCACAACUUUUGUUCGUUGUUGGCAAGGUGGCCAUCAAAACGCUCGUAUACUUGGAGUCGAGUGAAGCACAGUUCAAGAAGAACAAAGUCCUGGGUGAAAGCAAGAAAAGUAGUGCCCUGCGCAGCGAGCAAGCCAAGGAUGCCGAGGAAAACAAUGUUGAGCUUGAGAUGAUUGGUGGAACGAAUGAAGAUGACUUUUCGGAUGCAAUCAGUUUUAUAAAAGAAAACGAAUUGUUGUUUGGCGAGCAUUCGUUACUGGCAAGAUUUGGGCCCCUGGUGGAAGAAAUUGUUUCAAAUAACACCAAAUUCACGGAUCCCACUCUUCAAAGGAUGGCAGGGCUGUGUCUAGCGGAAUUCAUGUGCGUUUCGUCAAAAUUUUGUGAAAAGAAUUUACCUUUACUAAUAACGGUAAUGGAAAAAUCCGAGGACCCAAUAAUACGAUCAAAUGCCGUUUUGGGACUUGGAGAUAUGGCGGUAUGUUUCAACAAUUUGGUAGACGAAAACACAGAGUACCUCUAUAAACGUCUACAUGAUGCAAGCCUCACCGUUCAGAAAACUUGCUUAAUGACGGUUACCUUUUUAAUACUUGCCGGCCAAGUAAAAGUAAAGGGCCAAUUAGGUCAAAUGGCGAAAUGCCUGGAAAACGCGGAUCAAGGUAUCAGUGAUAUGUGCAAGCUGUUUUUCACAGAAUUGGCUACCAAAGACAAUGCAAUUUAUAACGGGUUCAUUGAUAUAUUCAGCAGUUUGUCUAAUGAUAAAGAAUUGGAAAAGGGCAAAUUCAAAAGAAUAAUGAAAUACUUGCUGUCAUUUAUCGAGAAAGAGCGGCAUCAAAAGCAACUGAGUGAAAAACUCUUGACCCGAAUUCAAAAGGCAGAGACUCAAAAACAAUGGGAUGAUAUUGCCCUAGUGUUAAACACGUUACCAAACAAAAGCGAUCAAGCUACAGAAAUUUUGAACAAGGGCUUCAAGAUGGUUCUAGCCAGAAAAUGA